AUGCAUACAUGUACAUCUUGUGGGGUCAAGCCAAAAUCUAUAUUUACAUACUUGCAAAAAAAGGCAAGGCCAGCUCAAGCUUCUGUUUUGACUAUUCGAGCAAAGAAUACUGCCCAACAACAAGCAUCUGCUAAAAAUAGGAGCAUAAGGCAAAGAUUAGGAAUUCCUAAUCCCUCAAUAACCCCAAAUAUACACGAUCGUUUAUCCCUCCCAGGAAGAUUAAAAGCACGCCGUGCUAGAAUGAGAGGUGCUCCAAGAGAGAGAACACAAAGCAUGCAAUCGUUAAAACUUGGAAAAUUAGAAAGAGCUGCUAGCAUGCAAUCCCUAAACAAUGCAAAUCAAAGACGAGGACGUUCCCGAUCACGUUCCAGAAAUCGAGCCAGAACUCCUUCUAGAAACGUAAGGGGAAAUUCCGUGAACCGACAAGUUCAAAGGUCGCCUUCGGUAAACAGACAAGGAUUAAAAAGAAAUUUCGGACGACAAAAACGAUUCAAUUCGAAUUCGUUUGGGCAGCAAAUGGGAAACGUCGGUGCAAGAAGAGGCAAACGUAACGCCGCCUUAGGAGGUAGAAAUCAAAGACUGGAUAAUUACGGCAAUAAAUUCGGAAGGAAUCAAAGAGGAAACAGAACACAAAGAGGUAGAGGAAAUUUUGGAAGAGUCAAUUCGCAAAAUAUGAGAAAUUCACAAUCCAUAGGAAGGAGAGGACGUGGAAGAGGUCGUUCUGGCGGUAGAGGAGGUCGUACGGGAAGAGGAGGUCAAACCAAAGUAAUCCUUCCCACGAAAGAAGAAUUGGACAAACAAUUAGAACAAUACAUGGCAAAUACGAAAAAAUCACAUUUGGAUCAAGAAAUAGAUACAUUCAUGAAAGAAAGCGGCCUUGUAUUGAUAUAA